AGCCCUCUCGACUCUGGGAGAACAGUUAUCGCCGAAGACCAAGUUCUGUUAGUACUGUUUGUGUGAGCAGCAGUAUGUCUCAGACCGACAGUAAGGUUCUGGCUCUGGGUGUGCUGGCAGGGGCAGCCGGGAUCAGCCUUGCUGUGGUGUGGUACAGAAACCGGCAGUACAGGCCUAACGUCCCCUAUCCAGGGCUGUACCUUAGCAGUAACGCAGAUCGACUGGGAGAGAGCACGGCUCUACAGAUGGGCCAGGCGGAGGUUCUGGAUCGACUUGGGGCACUGAUCCAAUGUGUGUCAGAGCUGAAAGAGGAGAUUCGGGCUCUGAAAGACGCUUUACCACAACUGCAGGACAAUGUACGAGACCAGUUAAGAGGCAGGGGUGGAGCUGAAGGUGUAGCUCGUAAGGUCAGCCCGUUCCACCGAACCACACCCACUCGGAGGAAGAGAGCCAGCGGCAGCGCGCCUGGGGCUGACGGACACAGCUCUGAAGAGGCGGAGAGUGAAGGGGGAUACAUGACAGCAUUGACAGAUUCUGAAGAGGAGGAGCAAAAUGAGCAAAGACACAGUGAUGAAGAAACGGUGGAUGAGCUGACGGCUCUGUUAGACAGAGCUGACGGACUGCAUAACAGCAAUGGUCUGGAGAAAAAGGAGGGCCUCCAGACCCUGCUGGAGAGAAAGGCUGAGUUUGAUCAGAAAUGUCAGUUUCUGUGGCGACUAGCUAGAGCCUAUGCUGAUGCUCAUGACCUAACAGCAGACCUUGAAGAGAAGAAAAACUUUGCACUAUCAGGGAAGAAAGUAGGUGAGGAAGCAAUUACAGUGAAUCCAAUGUGUGCUGAAAGUCACCAAUGGUAUGCUAUUAUGUGUGGACUCUUGUCAGAGUAUGAGUCUAUACAGAAUAAGAUAAAGAACGGGUAUCUUUUUAAGGAUCACCUAGACAGAGCCAUUGAGCUGAAACCUGAGGACCCUCUCUCUUACUACCUGCUCGGUCGCUGGUGCUACGCUGUGGCGCAGUGCACAUGGAUUGAAAGGAAGAUUGCCGCCACCCUCUUUGGAGAGCCUCCAAGCGCGACAGUCCAAGAUGCCCUGAGGCACUUCCUCAAGGCAGAGGAGAUCAGUCGAAGGUAUUCGAAAUGCAACUAUGUCUUUUUAGCCAAGUGUUAUAGAGAUCUGGGACAGAAAGCUGAAGCGAGGAAAAUGUGUGAGGCCGCCACCGCCAUGAGCGCGGUCACUAAAGAGGAUGAAGAGGCACAGAAGGAGCUGGACUCUCUCUUAUCAUCACUUUAGCCUCUCCACACGGACGAGAGAACAAAGCUUUAUACUCCUCAUAGUGGUGGCAGUUGUAUUACUGUAUCAGUUUGGACUAUGACCCAGACUCAACUUUUAUUUUGUACCAUGCUUUCAUCCUUUUAAUGUUUUAAGAUGUCUGAUAGCACAGUCAGUGAAGGACCUCUGAAUCAUUAUGAUAGAAGAGCUCAUUGACUCUUGUCACAGUUAAGCAAUCCAAACAACACCUACUGUGGGAGCCCUAUCCUUUUCUGAACAAGAAUCGAUACUGUGAAAUAGGCACAACUAAUAGGAACAGGCUUUAACUUACGUUAUACACUAAACAUUGUGUGUGAAACGAUGCAGUAAAUAAUCCAGUGCCGAAUGUUUGAAAUAUCACUGUCCCACGCUGCAGGAGUAGCUGAUUGAGUGCCUGAGAUUAAGAUUUAAGAGAUCUUAAAAAAAAAAAAAAAAGAUUAAAAUGGGGAGAGUGAAUUUCAUUGAAAUUAAUUCAGUAAUGUUAAGUCUUUCUUUUUAGGAGAGGAUAUUGCUUCCCAGUGGGUCAUAUCAACAGGUUGUCUCUCUUUUCCCAAACCAGUAACCAGUUUUUUUAUGUCGUGUUUCACAAAGCCUGUCUGGUAGUCAGUGAUUAAUGCCAACAGACUACAAUAAGUUAACAAGAAAACCAGAAAAAGCUGCUCCCAGACCAAAGGCUGACCUAUUGAAGUGUGUCCCAUUUUGUUAAACAGUAAUCCCAGGAGGUACCUCUAGCUCAUGUAGGUCUUUGUCUGCACGCCAUUUUAGGAAAGACAAACACACACACACACACACACACACACAAACGCACACACACAAAGAAGGCCACCCGAACAAGGUUUACAUCCUGUGGCCUUUGGGUGACCUCAUGCUGGUUCUCUGUUAGAGUUUAGGACUCUCUCUCUCUCUCGCUCUUGGUUUCCAAAACAGUCAUGUGUUCACAAUCAUUCAACGACAGAUUAGUGACCAUUAUUGUGUGUCAUGAACAGGCUUACACGUUAGCUUUAUAGAAAUUUAACUCCCUCAGAAGUUUUUUGCAAGUCUUAUGUCUUGCCACCAGGCGUAUGCAUAAAGUGACACAACACUGAGCAUCACAUAGAUAUUCCAUUUUUCUUUUUGGUGAAUGAUUCUAGUAUAUGUUGUAUAAGUGUAUGGUUUUAUGACAGAUUAUAGUGCUUUUGAAGGGAGCGUGUUCUGUCUGACGCAGGACUCAAGACUUGCAGAGGUUUCUCUAGUCUCUAACCAUCUGGUCUCAUGACAUUUAGACGUUUUACAUUGAUAAUUUGAAUCUGAAUGAAGAUGUGACAUGUUUGUUGGCUGCAGUGUCAUGCAUUCCCCCGUUGAUUGAGAAUUACAUUCCAGUGUUUUGGCAGUGUUUCUGUUGUGCUUUGGCUGGAUCUGUUUGCCUGGGAUUGUUUGUAGUCUUUUCAUUUCUCCAUAAAUCAGUUCUGCUAUGUAAUGACUUGUCUGUAUUGACUAUUACACAGACUCAUCAAUGAGUUGUUUUAUGUAAAUUGGCUUUGUUUUUACCAAAAUAAUUAUUUUAGAUUUUGUUUAUAACGAAUGUGUGAAUGCUGUUAGUUUUUAUGAAACACUACUUUUUAUUUGCUUUUUUUUUAACUGUUCAUUUAAACCUUUGCAUGUGUUCAAUAUUUGAAUGAUUGACCUUGCUUGAGUACAUUUGAGUACAAAAAAACCUCCCUUUCCAUGUUAAGGGUGUCCAGAGAGUAAACGGACGGGUCGAGAGAGAGAGAGAGAGAGAGAGGGAGACCCUGUAAUAUCUGGGAGGAGGAAAUGAUUCAGUACGAACCCAUCAUUCCGUCACCUUUUGUUAGCCAUGUCUCCAUUUUCUUCCAUGUCUGUCCCAUGUUAUUGUUCUCUCUCUCUCUUUCUGAUCAACAUCUGCACACUGUAUCUGAGAUUACUUAGAAAACAACUUGAAUGGACAUUUAUGAUCAUUUGUCUUGUUUUUCUUGAAGUUUUUUUUCUUUUUUUUAAUUAUUUGGCAAAAAGAAUGUAUUUGUAAUUUAGCAGAGUGUAUCUGUUCUUUUGAACACUGGUACUCUAUAAUGUAUGAUUUAAACCCUAAAUAUAAAUUCUACAUAUAGAUUACCUUGAUCUCAAGAAGAAAAAAAAAAAAAAAAGCAAGUUUCAUUCAGGUUCUGUGUGAGACAUUAUAGCAUUAAAGCGGGGACAGGAUUUUGUGCAUGGUUUCAGUGAUUUGCUGUUAAUCUCGCCAACUCCAUUUAAAUGUGUCUGUGGUGUGAAAUUGUGUGCACAGUGCGAUACAGCUGCAGUGAAGCAUAUUUGAUACUGUCUCUGACUCCUGUUUCGGCUCUUUCAUCUGCACUCAAAUGAAUCUGAAUCACAAUUUUACAUUCAAAGGGCUCACAGACAAAAUAUUUGAAUAAAACCCUUGUUUUACAUUAAAGCUUCUUAAAUUAGAAUAAUUGUUUCUUUCUGUUGUGCAUAGCUUUUCACAGCUGUAGCACAACCAUUCAUUUCAGAAAUGCAAAAGACAGUUCACAGCUGGGGGCCUAAUAUGGCAUUUACAUUCAUUUUGUCAGGGCUUGAGGAGCAAGCUGCCAUCUGAGGCGUCCAAUCGGAUAUCAAGAAAAGUUACCUUAAAUACAAAACAGACGUAUGGCCUGCAGACAUCAUAGCUGAUACAGAAAAGAAAACAGGACACCGACGUGACUCACUUGCGAGGAGAAAAUAUCACAGCUUGUGUUGUGUCUGAUUCAUCCCGUGUUUAUCCCAAAUUAAUCUUUUGUCUGUUUUCUCGCAAACCCGAACAGUGUCUGUGAAAUCUGCGACUUGAUCUCUGACAGUUUGGCAUGCCUGUGCUCUCCUGUCUGAAAACAAAAGCUAAUAAGGGGAAUGCCAGCCAGAUGUCAGUGUGGAGGAGGGAGAGGAGAAGAAGGGGAGAAGAAGCCAGGUUUUCAGUUACUCUUAACCCCCCACUGUCAAACCUCCACUAUCUGCUCUCUGUCUGACACCAUGGACAUCUGGAAGCAGGAAAUUACAGGGAACACGACCACACGGUGUUACCGCUUAACCAUGAGGAUCAAAGUCAAAUGUCACUGACUAAUUAUCGGGGUUGUGGUGAAAUGACCCUUCACCUUGGUACAGUGACUUAUUGAUUCAUUUGCAAACUUUCAAGUUUCACCCUCUGGACCACUCCUAGUCAGAGCUGUGCAUUUAUCUAUGCUUUGUAGUCAACCUCUUAAGACCAAAUGACUGUUAUUUCAGUUUCUCUGAUGACCUCACAAUUCUUCCUAAUAUAAGACUGUUUGUUGUUUGUCAUGUGGUGUUUCCUGUUUCUUCCUUGUGGAAAGAAGAUUAAAGGUUUUUGUUGU